AUGGCGGCGCCCAGGAGCCCCGGAGGGCCCGGUUCGGGCGGCUACCGGGGGCGCGUGGCCCGCCCGAAGCGCAGAGGCGGGCGCGGGCCUCCCCGCGGUCCUGGGGGCAGGGGGAAGGGGGCCCGGGAGCGGCUCAAGUUAGCGGUGGAGGAGUUCGUGCAAGCGACUUCCGUCGACGAGGUCCACGGGGGCAGCGAGGGGCGCGGCGCCGCCCUGGGCUGCCGCCCAGGCGGGAGGAAAAGCCGCAAGGAGCUGAGAAAGGAGAAGCGGCACCUGAGGAAAGCGCGCCGACUGCGGAGGACGGUGGGCCCGGCCCCAGGAGGCAGCGACGGAGUCGAGGAAGCGGACGGCCCCCAGGGGGACAAGGAAGAGGAGAACGCCCGCCCGGCCCGUAGUCGGGCUCCCCAGCCUCCCAAGGAGCCGCGACCGUCCCGCGCCAAGGUUAAGGCUCCUCCCGGGAAGACCAGACCCACCGCAGCCGCCACCGCCGCUUCUGCCCGAAAACGGGCACUUCUAGCGGCCAACGAGGAGGAGGACCGAGAGAUACGAAAGCUGGAACGGUGCCUCGGCUUGAACAAGCGCAAAAAGAAGGGCGACAGUCACUCCAUACCGCUUAGCUUUGCACGCGAUGGGCUAGACUAUAUUCUGGGAGCCCUGGAGUCUGGGAAAAAUAGCGGCUUGUACGAAAGCAGUGGGGAGGAGGAGGAUGAUGCUGGACAGACACUCGCGGAAAGUGAUUUAGAAAGUGACUCCGAGAGCGACAGUGAGGAGGAGAAGGAAGGGGAAGACGAAGAUGUAGAAAAGGAAAGGAAAGAGCAGGAAGCGGGAGCGCCGAGUGAAGAGGAGGAGGGCGAGGAAGACGGGAAUGUAGAACAGCGAAAGGAGGAGGAAAUGGAAGGGGCAGCGCAGGCGAAACGGAGAAGAAAAAGAGUCCGUUUUGCAGAAGAUGAAGAAAAGAGCAAAAAUUCCCCGGAGGACGGUGACACAACAGAUCAGAGUCUUUGUGAAAGUGGUGAAAAGUACAUCCCACCUCAUGUGAGGCGAGCUGAGGAGACAGUGGACUUCCGGAAGAAAGAAGAACUAGAAAGGCUAAAGAAGCACGUGAAAGGUCUAAUUAACAGAUUGAGUGAGCCCAACCUGCCAUCCAUCAGUGGACAACUGGAGGAGCUGUACAUGGCCCACAGCAGGAAGGACAUGAAUGACACCCUGACUGCCACCCUCAUGGAUGCCUGUGUCACCACCUCGGCCAUGCCCAGCAGGCUGAUGAUGGAGCAUGUUCUGCUAGUCAGUGUCCUUCACCACACAGUGGGAAUUGAGGUUGGUGCUCACUUUCUGGAGGCUGUGGUGAGGAAGUUUGAUGAUGUCUAUAAAAAUGGAGGUGAAGGGAAAGAAUCUGAUAACUUGUUUGCCAUCAUUGCCCAUUUAUACAACUUCCAUGUGGUGCAGUCUCUCCUCAUCUUUGAUAUUUUGAAAAAACUGAUUGGAACGUUCACAGAAAAAGAUAUUGAACUGAUCUUGCUAAUGCUGAAAACUGUGGGCUUUUCAUUGAGGAAAGAUGAUGCUUUGUCACUUAAGGAAUUGAUCACUGAAACCCAGAGCAAGGCCAGUGGAGCAGGCGGCAAGUUUCAGGACCAGACCAGGAUUCGGUUUAUGCUAGAGACAAUGUUGGCACUGAAGAACAAUGACAUGCGUAAAAUUCCAGGCUAUGACCCUGAGCCCGUGGAGAAACUGAGGAAAUUGCAAAGAGCUUUGGUCCGUAACACCAGCUCAGGUUCUGAAACUCAGCUCCGUGUCUCCUGGGAUAGCAUCUUGAAUGCUGAGAAGACAGGUCGCUGGUGGAUUGUGGGGUCCGCCUGGAGCGGAGCCCCAAUGAUUGACGACAGUCAUCACACAAACCUGCAGAAGCAGCUUGCAGGAACGGUUAGCUCAAAGAUGCUGGAACUUGCCCGUAAGCAGAGGAUGAACACCGACAUCAGGAGAAAUAUAUUCUGUACCAUAAUGACAAGUGAAGAUUUUUUGGAUGCAUUUGAUAAGCUUCUAAAGCUUGGACUUAAGGAUCAGCAAGAGAGAGAAAUAGUUCAUGUUCUUAUGGACUGCUGCCUUCAAGAGAAAACUUACAAUCCCUUCUAUGCAUUCUUAGCUAGCAAGUUUUGUGAAUAUGAAAGGAGAUUUCAGAUGACUUUCCAGUUCAGCAUCUGGGACAAAUUUCGGGACUUAGAAAAUUUGCCAGCUACUAAUUUCUCUAACUUGGUUCAUCUGGUGGCCCACUUGUUGAAGACAAAGUCACUUUCACUUUCCAUCUUAAAGGUAGUUGAAUUCAGUGAAUUGGACAAACCCAGAGUACACUUUUUACGAAAAGUAUUAAAUAUGCUGUUAAUGGAAACGGAAGUUGAAGACCUUGGUUUGAUUUUUGCAAGAGUGUGUGACAACCCCAAGCUGGGGAUGUUGCGUGAAGGUUUGAAGCUUUUCAUUAGUCACUUCUUGCUAAAGAAUGCCCAGGCCCACAGAAGUGCUGACGAAGCCAGCAUGCUGAGAGAGAGAGUUGACGUUGCAACGAAGUCUCUGCAAGGAAAAGCUUCCUUAAGAAUGUAGUCAGAGAAAAAGACUUCAGUGUGGUCCUUUGUAAACCCAAAGGCCUAUUCUGUUGUCUGUGUAAAAGCUUUG